GGAGGCGGACCUGCUGGCAGAAAGUAUGGAUACCUUCAGUACCAAGAACCUUGCUCUGCAGGCUCAGAAGAAACUCCUGAGCAAGAUGGCCUCCAAGACUAUGGCCAGUGUGUUCAUUGAUGACACAAGCAGUGAGGUCCUAGAUGAGCUCUACAGGGUGACAAAGGAAUUCACCCGGAACCGCAAGGAGGCCCAAAAGAUCAUUAAGGACCUCAUCAAGAUCGUCAUGAAGUUGGGUAUCCUCUACCGAAAUGGGCAGUUCAGCCCCGAGGAGCUGGCACUAAUGGAACGCUUCCGAAAGAAGGUCCAUCACCUGGCCAUGACAGCAGUCAGCUUCUACCAGAUAGACUUUACAUUUGACCGGCGGGUCAUGGCCACCACCCUCCAUGAGUGUCGAGACCUGCUGCACCAGGCGGUCAACACACACCUGACGAGCAAGUCUCAUUCACGCAUCAACCAUGUCUUUAACCACUUUGCAGACUUUGAGUUUCUGGCAGCACUGUAUGGACCCUCUGAGCCCUACCGUUCCCACCUGCGACGGAUCUGUGAUGGGAUCAACAAAAUGCUAGAUGAAGAUAGCAUAUGACCUCAGAAAUGAUAGGAAACAGAGGCAACCGUCCUGCUCUUGGCCUCGGAGGUGGGGGGAGAUGUGUUUAUUCCCAUUUCUUUUCUCCCAGUCUGAAUCUAGCCCAAAUGACUCGAUCGACUCUCGUUCCUCAUGGUAUAAAAAGGGGUUUGCAACCCACAGAGUUGUUUUACCAGCAGAUUUCACAGGCAUGGUCUCUACUUUUGUAGGAAAUGCCCUCAGGGAGUCUAGGAGCCCAAAGUGGGGGGGAGCUUUUUGCUUCAAAAAGGAGUAUGUUUUAUCAUGGAGAAGAAUGUGAGCCAACCUUGGCAUCCAUUAGUUGGCACCUCAGCUUCAGGGAACUGGCCACACACCCCAGUGAAUGUCUUUUUCUCUGACUUGGUCCAAACUUUCAUUCCUGUGUGUGGCUCAGGAAUUGCCCUGUGGUCUUGUGAGAUCCAGCUGCAUUCACACCUCUGAAAGCUCAGUGUAUUCGGUCCAAGAGCUGGCAAGGGGAAACCUACCCCAUGGGAGCAGGAAUCUGUCCCCCUCACAAAGUUUGGGGUUUCAAGGAAAGCUAGUCAGGGCUGAGAAACUUAUUCAGCAAACUAAGGGAAAAGGCCUGAGAGUGCCAGCACACCCAGGCUUUGGUUUUUGGUUUGGGAAUUUUUUUAGGACUGAAAAGAUUUGUAAGAAUCAGAUCUGGUUCGGAUAUGUUCUUAGGCUAAAGAGAUAGCUUGCAGAGGGGCGACAGAUAGGACUGUUGAUGAGAGACUGAUGGUUCAUUUUACAUGUCCCUUUUUGAGCUCAAAGGCUUACAGUUCUUUAUCCUUUGGUAUUUUUCCACUGUGGCCGGAACUCCCCUUCCACGUGUGGGCAAAAGGCCAGGACUACCCCUAUACUCAUCCAUGAGAUGCAAAUUAAUCUUCUAAACUGUAAUAGAUCCUCGUUUACAGUGAGAUCAGAGACACAGCUUCACACCAAAUGACAAAUGGGCACUUUGGUUAUCCUAAUCCUAAGAGGUUCCCAAAUGACAUUCUGUCCUCAGUUCUUCGGGCUGAUUCUAUCGAUGUAGUUGUGUUUGUUCCUUGGUCACUCUUCAAUCUGUCCUUGGUAUUUCAUGGGUUUGGGAUUUAAUUUUUUUUUUUUUUUAAAGACAAGUGACACUACUGAGCUAUUUAAAUAAAAACACACAACUUCUACUUGGGCUGGUCCAAAGCUGGUAAUUCAGUGGCAUGCAACUGGUUCACAACCUGCUCUUGCUCUCCCUUUCCUUUUCAAUGGAAAGGAUGGUCCUAGCACUGCACAGGCUAUCAUGCUCCUGUGACCUUUUCUGACAACAGCUCCCGUUUCCCAGUCCUUCGUGCAAUACAGGCAGUGGGCGUUGGGGUUGCUCUAUUCCAAAACAAAGAUUUGUUUCAGAUCAUGGUCAGCUUGACCGUGUACUCGAAAGACCA